GACCAAUUUCGUAUAUCAUCGUAAUGGCCGAUGUGACCGGAUACACGAUCAAAAGAGUGGGACUCAGAGAGUUUGCAACAACGGGUGACGGUGUUGCCCACUAUUCUCGCCGAAUUGGCGGGGCUUGGGAGCCGUAUCAAGCCCAAGCAGUAGCCACCGUCGCAACUGAAAGGUCGCCAUUGUCGCUCUUCGUUGUUCGACAAGAUCAAAGUGAAGGGGAAUCACUUCACUGGUGUCUCGUUGUUGGACGCGAAGGCGAGAAUCAUGGCAAUGUAUAUCAAGUCAAGGGGGAUGCUACAGGCAUGCGCUACGUCUUUGCGAACCACGUCAACAUCUUCGGUUCCAACUCUUUCCGCAACUCAUACCGGAUAGCCAGCCUGGACUCGACCAGUGCAUCGCGCGUUUACGAUUGUGCUAUCCUAGAACCUCCUCGGGCCGCAAACCAAGCAGCGGUGACGGAAAAUUGCUAA